GCCGGCGACGUCACUGUGGGCCGGUUCGAGGCGAGCCUUUACCUCACUCACGCACACGCACACACACACACACACACUCUUCUCUAUCUAUCUCUAUCCAUCCGACUCUCCUCCUCUCUUUCGCGCGCGCGCUCGCUCUCUCGCCGCACACGGAGGGAGAGAGAGACAGACUGCGGCGGCGCGGCGGCGGCAGCACCCCCAUCCGCGCGCGCCUUUUAACUCCGAGAGAGUGCCGAGUCCGUUGCAGUGUGUUGAGCAGCCGAGUAGUGUUGUUGCAGCGCGCUGCAGAGACGCCGCGCAGCUCGCACUCGCUCUAUAUCGCUCUCUCUCUCGCUCGCUCUGUCCUGUCGAGAGGCGGCUGCUGCACAUAUAUCUACACUCUGACACUCGGGCUACAUAUAUAUCUAUAUAUCAAUAGACACGCGUGCGCGCGAGACUACGUUUAUCGUAUCUCUCCGUUUUACAACUGCAGUCCUGUGUGUCUGCCUGUGACCAGCACCACGGCCCCCUCGCCGAUAUUCCAGCCGGGCUCUCCUAAAACCACUCGUUUUACAUGUAGCAAGAUCCGAGGAUGAGAAGUUUGGACGUCAACGAAGUGAAUCUUGGAGCUUUUCUUCGGCUUACUCUCGUCGAGUGUAUGGUUUUGAGAAGAUUACAGCAGGGUUGUGGGCAGUACAGACAUGGGAAGUGAGCAUUACUGCCUGAGGUGGAACAAUCAUCAGAGCAACUUGCUGGGUGUGUUCAGUCAGCUGCUGGAGUCGGAGUCGCUGGUGGACGUGACGCUGGCGUGCACGGAGGGCCCGUCCAUACGCGCUCACAAGGUCGUCCUAUCGGCGUGCUCCAGCUACUUCCAGGCCCUCUUCCUCGACCAUCCGAACCGCCAUCCCAUCGUCAUCCUGAAGGACGUGCGCUUCGCCGAGCUGCGCACCCUCGUCGACUUCAUGUACAAGGGCGAGGUCAACGUCGAGUACUGCCAGCUGUCAGCCCUCCUCAAGACGGCCGAGAGCCUCAAGGUCAAGGGCCUCGCCGACAUGACCAACAUCAACGCCGCGGCGGUGCAGUCCUCCAAGGAGGAGGAGCAGCAGUCCCCGCCGCAAGCCCAGCUACCCGCCCAGCAGCAGCAGCAGCCGCAGCAGCAACAGCAGAGCACGACCGGCACGUCCUCGUCCUCGACGACGACCACGACCACGACCACAACGGCAACGGCGACGGCGUUAACUACUCCGGCAGCGAACGAACCCAUGCUGCAGGACGCGCAGGAUGAGAGGCUCCACCAGCACCACCACCAGCACCACCAGCACAGCGGCACCGGCAGGUCCAGCGACAGCAAGGACAGCAGGGAGCGAAACAACGACAGGGAUCGAGACUGCAGGGAUCGAGACAGAGACCGGGAGCGGGACCGCGAGAAGGAGCGCGACAAGCGGGAUACUAGCUCGAGGGAGCGAGAACUACAGCAGCAGCAGCAGCAAGCGUUGGCGCAGCAGCAGCGGGACCGGGAGCAGCGGGAACGGGACCGGGAGCACAACCUCAGCGUGAACGAGUGCAGCACCGAUGACGUCGAGAUCAGCGAGUGUCCGGCCUCGCCGCCGACCAGCGCGACAACGAGGACGUCGAGAGGGGCCGCGAGCAGUCCCUGCCCGGGACCGCUGGCCCUGGACCGGCCCAGGUCCAGGCGCGACUCCGACUCGGCGGCCAGCCUCGAGGAGACGAGGGGCUCGCUCAGUCCCCUCUCGGUCCACAGCGGACCCAGCGACAUGAGCCUCAGCAAUAACAACAGCAGCGCCGGCGCUGGCGGUAUCGGCGGCGGCGUCACGCCCGUCACGAUACCCAUCAGCAGCCUUCCCCAGAGCCGGCUUCCGUCCCCGCACAGUACCGAGCCCUUGGCGGGCCCCUCGGGUCUGCCUCCGGUCCAGCAAGUGCCACUCUCUCUAAAAAAGGAAGUGGACUGGGAGAGGUCGACGGAGGAGCGGAGCGCGAGCAGCGAAAUGUCCAGCGACUACCGACUGCCGCCCGAUCCGGAGUUGAUGGGUAUGGAUGAGCGGGUGUUUGCGUGCAUGUACUGCGGUGCCUCGUUCCUCCACCAGAGCAAGCUGACGCGGCACAUCCUCUCGCACAGCCUCGAGUCGCUGAAGUACCGCGAGCAGGCGGCCCACCUGCAGCUCCAGGCCCAGCUGGGCCUCGAGGUGCCGACGGGGCUGCACCUGCCGGCCGAGGCGCACUACCCCGGCGCGGCGGGCCUCGGGCCCAUCGAGCCGAUGGACCUCGAGCUCGCAGCCGUCCACUCGGACCCGAGCUCCGGGGUCGUGCUCUGCAAGUUCUGCGGCAAGUCCUUCCCGGACGUCGGCUCGCUCAUCAGCCACCUGCCCGCUCACACGGGCGACCGGCCCUUCAAGUGCGAGUUCUGCGGCAAGGCCUUCAAGCUGCGCCACCACAUGAAGGACCACUGCCGCGUGCACACGGGCGAGCGGCCCUUUCGCUGCUCGCUCUGCGGCAAGACCUUCUCGAGGUCGACGAUACUCAAGGCCCACGAGAAGACCCACUACCCAAAGUACGUGCGCAAGUUCCUGUCCCCGAGCCCCGUCGACCCCAACGAGGAGGAGGCCGCGACGCCCGCGCCCAACCCCAACCCGCCCAACCCCCACGCGCCGCACCACUGAGCAGCAGCCAGCCGCAUCCGCAGCAGCGAUCCACGCCGCCGGCAGCAGCAGCAUCAUCAUCAUCGACCUCCUGCGACGGAUCCCGUGACGACCGCGACCACGACGAUGCAGCUACUAGAUCAUCAGCAGCAGCAGCUCGCGCUUUUCCUGCUCCUCAGCGGCGCCAGCUCCGCCGCUGCUCCCGCGCCGCUCCGUCGAUGACGAAGUCCCCUCUUCGUCCAUCUUGUUGCCGUUGCCGUUGAUGAUGUUCUUGUUGCUCGACACUCGUUGUUGUCGAUGCGCGCUUAGCUGUUUGAGGGAAAAAAACACACGCCCAUCCACCCACCCACCCACACACACACACACACGAGAAACGCGCGGCCGCAAGGUAUUUUCUAGUUAGUCCUGUGAUGAUUUUUCGUUAGACACACACACAUACACACCCACCCACAGACCGUGUCCCAGCGGGGGGAGGGACACGCUAAACGAAAGGACAUAUAUUAUUACGCGCGGAUGCUUCCUCGCUUAAUCAGUGCUUUAAGAGAGAAAAAAUGAAUAAUAGAGAGCGGGUUUACGAAAGCAAACAAAAAAAUACAUAAUAAUAAUAACGUCUCGAUACGCGUGAGUUGUAUAAAGAUUAUUAAGGUCAGUUUAGCGCGACAACCGUAUAUAUAAUAUAAAUAAAUAAAUAUAUUAUAUAUAUGAGUAUAUAAAUAUUAUAUAUAUAUAUAUAUAUAUAUACAUACACGAUUAUAUCGGUGAAAAUCUCUUAUAGAAACGAAAGAGGACAAAGCCGACAGAGACGCUGCGAGAGAGAGAGAGAGAGAGAGAGAGAGAGAGAGAGAGAGAGAGAGAGAGAGAGAAGGGGCUAGAGUAAUGUGUAAGAUGGGGAGAGCGCGAGAGUUGCGAUGUCGACUACACACAUACGACCAAGACUUUGCGAGACUUCUACGCUGUAAGCAAAAAUAUUUAAAACAAACAAACAAAAGGACGACGACUACGAGACGCCGAGAGAGAGGGAGAAAGAGGGACGGAACGAGUAUAAGAGAGAAAAUAAGACAGAGAGAGAGGCUGAGAGUGCGAGAGAGAGAGAGAGAGAGAAAGAGAGAGAGAAUGCGUGAGUGCGCGAAUCUAUCUACGAGCCGCCACGGUUGGUGCUUUUAAGAGAUUUUGAUAAAAUGCUGUGAAUAUUAUAUUGAUUACGAUAACUAUAGCUAUUGUAAUGAUUGUACUAAUACGUUGUACGAAUGUACGAUGUGACUGUUGUUGAUACGAUUCAAAAUAUUUUAUACAGUUGAGGAUGGCGAUGACGACCAUUAUAACAAAAGGAGUAAAAACACAGAAAAAAAAUAAUAACACGUGCAGGGUGGCGAGACCGGGGGGCAACCGAACGAUGAUCUUUUCCUCUCUCUGAUGAGUAUAUAAUAAUUAUGUAUAACGGAGAGACGCGCGAGUCCGUAGGGUCGCGAGGGAUGAACAGGGACACUUUCUUAGAGACAUGCACGGCCGAUUCCGAGCUGCUACACCCAAUAGUAGGUGAAGAUAAAUAAUGCAUUGUUAGGAGUGCGCUGACGGUGCGAGCGACGAUCUCCUUUCCCGCAGCCCAGACUGUAUUAUAAUCGAUUAUACAGGGCACCGAUCGGUGAAAGGAAUUCACGAGAGCGUCCGUUUUGAAAUCGGUUCACUGUGCGCUUUCUGUCUACGGCCGGAUUCGGUGCGACUACUCCUUUACCCGGCAUCGUCGCGAGAUUGGUGUAAAAAUUUCGAAGAAGCAAUAUUUCCUCGUAUUGAACAUCCCGCUUAUGAAGGACAUAAGUUGCGCGAGCAAUGUGUAAUCGAUUGGGCGCGGAAGAGGAUCGCUCUAGAGGCAAAUGAAAUGUUGUGCAAUCAGAGACAGGUAGGGUAGUAGUUUUAAAGUUAAAUGCGUAAGGUGUAGACUUACUGGCAAUGAGUUACUAGAACAGACCAAGUUUAUAUAUAUAUAUAUAUAUAUAUAUAUAUAUAUAUAUAUAUAUAUAUAUAUAUAUAUAUAUAUAUACAGACUAUAUAUACCUGAUGAUGCGGUAGCCAUCGGAGACAGUGCAAUAAAACGAGCAGCACCACUCUUCUCGCCUUCAAUUCUGUUGAUCGCGUUUUCCUUCUUUUUUCGUUUUAUAUCUUGUAUCUACAUACACACACACGCACGUACAGUACACACUAUACUGGGAGUCCUCGCAUUCGAUAACUCGUGUAAAACGGCCGAUUACGGAAGAUAUUGAAUUUCGUGUAUACUUGUUUUCUCUAUUGCGAAAAGAGAGCAUUGUUGGUGCUGUAGCUACUAUCAAGUGACGAAUGAGUCGAUUCUUCCGCAGUCGCGUUUUGUUGCUAUUUUUUCUAAAUUAUGAAUCUAAGCACACGUUACACACUUUACUACCAAAAAGGCACCGAUGGCUUUUAAUAAAGAUGACCCGAAGGAGAGAGAUCGCUUCGUUAAAAACCACGACAAUCUGGCUCAGUUCGCGCGAGGGGACGUUAGUGGACAAAACAGUAUUUAUACAUAAACGUUUAAUUGCGAGUUAUUUAAGUUGUUGAGAUUAUUGUGAGGAAUGAGACUUGAGAGUAAGGAUGAAGGCGAAAUUCUAAAUUUUUUCUUAAAGAUAAAAAACUAAAUAUGUCUCAUGAGACAAAAAUAUCGGAAAUAACACACACGCGCGCGCGUAGUUGUAGAUAGUGAAAAGGCGGUAUAAUGGAAAUGCACGGUUGCGUUGGCAAACGACAUUUCAUUAUUCCAAGGACCAAUUGAGGGCAUGGAUUCGCUUUAGAGAUUUUCUCAAUCGCGUCUCGCAUUUUUUUUCGCGCAGCGACUCUUAUAUAGAUUAAAUACGAUAGACUCGCUGCCUCGGUGAAUAGAAAAAAAAUUAGUAAAAAAAAUCAAUAAAAAUCGAAUAAGUGACGAUAAAAAAAAUAUAAUAUCGGCGAGAUGAAACAUUCCAGCUGUAUAGUACGUAUAUAGAUAUACACGACAAAGUUACGAGCUAAUGGCUGAAGCGUAGAACCGACGGCUGCACAGCCGCACGUCGGGGAGUCGUUGCACAUUGUUAAUCGCCGAUGCUAUUUUCCCGAGGCUGCAGCAGCACGAAUCGGUCGAUAUAUAGACGACUCUCGCGGCUGAAAUAUUCAAGAGCCGCGCGUCGGCUCUUCUCAUAUUUAAGAGCACGGAGAUACAAUUCCACGGUAAAAUUUCGUUGCGACGACGAUGUAUAGAGUUCACUAGAGUUGAGGGUUAUAUAGAGUCCGAAAAUAACCGCGGCGCGACAGUAGCUAUAUAUUCGUAGGUUAACGGGUACCUUGAUUCUUUUUAAUUAGAGCAUGGGUGUAGAUCGUUAUUUUCAAGUAAAAACGGUUGAAAAAAAGUUGAAGAAAAAAAGGAAAAAUAUUGUGAAAAGUCUUUACCGCGAGAUUCGGAAGUGUUAAAAUCGAUGAAAUUUAAAAUCUUUAUAUAGGCAAAAGUGAGUUUGAUCCGUUGCGCUUUGGAGACUGAUGAUGUAUAAUGUAAUAUCAUAAUAAGCGACGAUCGGUACGAAAUUUCGAUAUUUACUUUAAUAGGCGUUAUUGAAUUUUUUAAAGUUUGGCGUUGAAUUUGGAAAGAACGUUAUUAUUAUUCGAUAAUACACGGUGCGAAAUUUUUUGAAAAUUCUUGCAACCUAAUGUGAUUUAUUUACAAGAAGUAGGAUUAGGAAAAGUGUUUGUUGAAACGAGAGUGAUCUCAGAGCUGUGAUGAAUAUACAUAUUACUAGGUGACUAAUAACUACAAAGUAGAAUCGUUAUAAUCGUAAGGGAAUUCGCGGCUGGUUAGGAGGGUGGGGGGACUACUAGUGAAAUUCUAAAGGCUUGCAUUGGUUCAUCAGGACGCGAUCAUUAUAUUAUCGACCCGACACAUGUGUGUGUAUACGUCUAACGAUACAUUCCAUCGAGCGUCUUUCCCCGUCACCGCGCGGACGAAACUGAGCCCGAUUGUCAUCGUACACGCAUAAUAAUCCAUCGGUCACUCUCUUGAAUAAAAGCCGUCGUAUAAUCACGCAUCACCUAUACACUACAGCCGCGCGUUUAUGGGCCGAAAAGGACCGUCGGAAAAUCACAGCAAUAGACGCGCGCGGGAGAGAUAGCGAUCGAUGCGGUCCGACUCUGCAGCAUAUAGAGGACCAGGCGUUCUUCUCCUCCUUCUGACCCUUUUCGCCGGCUUUCCUCGCGAGAUUAGCAAUUGCCGGUGCGGGCGCGCGCGAGAUAAUGGCCGAGAUCGUCCACCUACAGCUGCGCGUGCUCUCUCUGCGGGUGCUGUAUCGCCGAUGCAAUCUCGUACCAGGCGACCGCCUAAUCGCUGUGUUUCCCGAAGAGCGUAAUCCCUGCGUGUGCAGCGGGACAGUCGCAAGCGCAGGCUCUCUUUCUUCUUCGUAUACGGACUCUCACUCGCCGCUUUCGCCUAUGUGUGUGUGCAUAUUACGCAAGCUCUCAUACGCACUGUCAAGUAGGCCCCGUUGUCGCGCGUGAAAUUUCUCUCCUCUCGGCUUUUUACUCGGCGUGCGACUCGCUCGUGUUGUAUGCGCUUAUGUAUAGCUAGGAAAGUCGUAGAAGUAUAGGUUUCAAGUUCCCGUAGCGCUUAGAGUCGACACAUACACACAUACACUUACAGAUAUGAGAGAGACUAGGCUGCGAGAUAUUGAGAAGGCGACAGAUAAGAAGGAUCCGCGUGUACCUGCGUGCGCGUUUUUUCGUAAUAUAUAAUAUGACAUAACGGUCUUUACGUAUAAGGGUUAGCUGGUCGUUACUUAUAUUACUUAGUGCCCGCGUGUAAAUAUCCUCUCUAUCGCCUGUAAGGUGGAGAUCGUAGUCGAGAGAAAGAUCCGCGACGGGGUCCGGCGCGGAAUCGCGCGACUCGCCGUAUGUCUUUCCACGUAUACAGCUUUCUUAUGCAAUUUUCCUCUUUCGGUUGAAUUAUCCGUUAUAUAGUACAUACAUAUGUAGACUUAUACAAAGACGUGCCUUUUUAGAGUGUGUAGUUUCGAUUCACGCAUAUCAGCGCCAAAAUGUAAACGUAUUAUAUAGCUUCACGAUUCGGCGACCAUUGUUUGUUCUCCAUACCCUUUUCGUUGCUUUCGGCGACGAUCGUCGGCGCGUCGCGUGAUUCCGAGCGACCCCGCAAGGACAUUAUUGCCAGAAGUAUUAAUUAAUUUAAUUUAUUUCGAGCUCGCGCCGGGCCGAGAGCGGCCGUUGGAUUGUACAUAUUACUAUUAUAGACGAACGAUAUGAGCGAGAUUAUACGCGAGACGGGGGAUUAUUGUAUUUGUCGAAGCCACGCCACUAUGUUAUAUGUUAUACAGACGAGGUCCGCGAGCAGAUGCUACUGCUGCUGUGUAUAAAGUUCACGUGCCCGCCCGCGAACUCGUCCUACAUACGAUUAUAGUAGACAAAUGUCGCGAGGAACAUAAUUAUCGUGUAUUACACUCGAUCGUUUCUUUUUCCAAGCGUCCUCUUCAGUAGUUCUAUUUCUGUCGAUAUAUGUCUUGUUGUACAAGCACCUAAGUUACUUUGCAUUCUUAACAUCGUCAAUGUCCAAAUUCUCUAUAUCGAAACGAAACGCGUCUACACCGCUGGCAUCGGCGGGAGAGACGCGAACAAGAGCUUCGACGCGAUCGCGCUCGCGAGUGUAUAACCUUGCAAUCGCGAAGGUCUAAAAAUAUAAUGAGCGUAUGGAAAAAUGCAGAGCCGACGUCGAGAGAGGGAAAGAAUCGAGCGUGCUAUUGGCCGAGCGUAUACAUAUAUGCAUGCGCGCAUACGCGGAUGCGUCGCUUGGUUACGAUAGAUACAUCGUAAAUUGGACAGUGACGCUCAUUUUUCUAACUCGCGGUGAUUCUUUUUUUCCUCUAAUCCUAGGCUCGGGAGAUCAUCGGCGUUCUUAUUUUUGGCGAAUAAAUUCGAGUUGAAAAAUUACAAAUCAAAGGCGUUGCAGUUCGAACGCGAAUCAUCGAUCACCAUAAUCUGCGUAAUUCGAGUCGACGACUUUUUAACAAUAAAAAAAAUACGCGAGUCGCAAAGAACCAGUAGGCCGCGAUGGAGAAGCGCUCGAGAUACUUAAUCGCGCAUUAUUCAUACGUACCACGUGUACACUUACCUGUAGAGUGCGUAAGUUGCGUAUACAUAAAAAAUAUAGACGGAGGAGAAUAGUCGAUGAACGAGUGCACCUCUGACGUAUAGAGUACAAUCAAUUAGCAAAGUUCCAGUUUAUAAUUAUAGAAAUUAUAGAGCUCAUAGGUCGAUGCUCGCUCGCUCGCUUGAAUAAACACCGGCGCAUUUCAACUUCAAGGGGGUUCACUCGUGAGCGCGCGCGCGCGAUUUUAUUGUACACUUAUAUAUAUCGCGCGAUUGUUAUUGCAGUAGGCACACCUUAUACAGAGCCGUCGCGGAAAGUUCGAAUUGACGGGAAGCGAUGCUAUCGAAGAAACUUUGUUAGACGCGUGCUAGCCGUUCUUCUAAUUAUUAUUCGGCCUUUGACACGAUUGGUAAAUAUGUCUUUGAUGUACAUCGCGUUGAUUUCAGAUUUACAAGGCGUGAUGAAAAAUUUGCCGCAUCUUUGUUCGACGUACACACACGUUAUUCGUUAUUUCUAUAAUAUAGAAAAAGGGGAGAAGAGCUCGCGUAUGUGCACAUGAAACGAAAGAAAAAUGGCUGCGGGCUCUCGAGUAUUGUUUUUGACGAUUUUUAAUCAACGAUAGCUUUUCCAGCCUCGGCUUCUCAUCCUUCUUCUUUUUUCUCGCGUUUUACAUACGUACACGUAUACAUCAACGCGCGAUGCUGCUGCAGCACAAGGGAGGCUUUGAUAUUAUUUGUCGCCGCGCGCGAAAUGACGAGUCUCUCGUUGUUUUUACUUUUCCUCCAUAUACCUAUAUGCAUCCGCAGCUCUCCUUCGUUUUUCGCACCGGUACUCACAUACACACACAUGCAUAGCACCUACAUGUACAGUAAAUAGCAGAAUAUAUAUACGCGAUCGCAGGCUGAUAUCUAUAGUCUAUGGUAUAUAUAUAUAUAUAGCGGCGAAUCACACAGAUAUACAUAUAUAAUAUACACAUACGCCGCAUAGUGCUCGCUUUCCUUUAGGUUGUCGUGUCGAGCUUUUGCGACGCACUCGUGUGCUGCACGCACGACCGCGAUGACGAAACCCGUUUUCGCGGCGGCUUCACUCGUAUACAUACAUGAUAUAUAGUAUAUAGUAGCCGAUCGAAACACGCAGCGUACACGUGCGGAGGAUAUUAUAAAUGUGUAAAAUACACUGCACACCACACACAUACACACAUACACACAUACACACACACACACACUCAUAUGGUUGACCCCUUCACCUGUUCUCUUUUCGAAUUUGAUCUCAUUCCACUCGGUCGACUCUCCUUCUUAUAUACUUUCCGCGCUGAAGCUUCCCGGUCUUGUACGUCCGACGUGCGACGAGAUAUGAGCUGCUAUUGUUGAACCGAGAAACAUUUUCUUCUUUUUUUUCAAUCGACCAUUUUAUACAUACACGUUUUUAUCUUCGAACAGCUACUUAAGUGAUGAGAGCUUUUACGUUAAUUAAACGCAGCCUGAUCUCGAUUCGAGUUAAAUUUAUUUUAGAAACUUUACCAGCCCUUCGCACGUUGGACGGUUGAACGAAUUCGAAACUAUAUCCGUCUUAUUCUCAAACACAAAACUCACCCAUCAGCAACGAAACAGGUUGACGAUUUACGAAGCCGAUUCCGAAGAAUCGCAUAUAGGUAUGUGGGCGCAGGUUACGAGCGUAUCGAAAUAAGGGUGGCGAAGGAGAGUCGCCCGUGCGCGCUCAUAUACGUAUAUACUGUGUAGGAUAUAAUUUUAGGUGCCUGCAUAAUACCAUACUUUAAUGCUAGUACGACUAUUAAUAUGUUUCUGGACUAAAGUUCCUUGGGGGGGAGGGGGGGGGGGUGUUCCGCCGGUCCCCAGUGCGUGGACUGCGGACGUGUGUGGCCCCGAUGUGAUGACGGUGCUUUGUUUCUCUUUUUAAUUAUAAUUAUUAUUAUCAUCAUUGUAGUUUCGAUUAUUAUUAUUAUUUUUACGAACUAUCACUGCGACAUUACUACUACAUCAUUAUACGAAUAUUAGGUUCUCAUCGCGACACACUAGAUACCUAAUGAAAACUGCGGCUAUACUGUUAAUUUAUAUGUUAAGCUUUAUUUUGUUACUUUCUAACGCAUAUAGAAUAAUUAUUAUUACUAUUUUAUUAUUACGAGUAUGAUUAUUGAUUAUAAUUUAGGAUUAUUAUGUACCAUUCUGUUUAGUUUUAACAUUAUACUAUUAUUAUAAAAAUAUAAAUUCCUAUUUUGAAAAGCAAUAUUCUUUUAUGAUUUGUCACGAGCUCUAUUCGUCAUUCUUUAUUGUUUCUAUCCUUGUUUGCAUCCUGAACCCUUUUUUAUUUUCCACGCCAAUAUUGAUUUGUAGGUAUGUAUUUUAUAAUUUGAACGAAGCCGAUAUAUUAUAUACUUUAGCAAAGACGACAAAAUUGUUGAAACAUUUGAAAAGUUUAUUGAAUCGCAAUGAGGUUACCGUAUCUUCAGGCAAGAUUUAGACAGAUAUUUUUUUGGUGCAAAGAUUUAGUAUAUGUGUUACAAUCGCAUUAAUUGCAAGCAUUCCAUUCUAUUCUAUUCUGUAUAAUUUUCUAAGAAUAUACGUUCCAUAAAUACGCGAAAAUUAUUGUGUUGUUAUAGGCGUUCAUGUAUAUUCGUCAAGUGAGUUAUAGUUAAGCGAGUCUGAGAGGGAGCGAAAAAAGAGUAAUAAUAUACGUUUUAAAACGACCGACGGCGCACUCGACUGAUUGUAAGAUAUAUAUAUAUAGGCUUCGACUGCCACACAACACAGUAGGGGAAAAAGGCAACAAUAAACGCGUGGCGCAAACAUUACCUUCUUUGUGUGUAUAGUAUGAUUAAUAGUGCGUAGAGAGGUGAGACUCGAUUUACGCGGAUCACUUAUUUCUCGGCGUCGAUUUUAUCUGAAUAAAUGAAGAGUCGCGAGAGAAGUAUAGAAGCGACGAUGGCUUUCAAAUUCUCAUAUACGUUACUUAUAUUGUUAGAUAAGGCAUGAGAGCUCGAAAUGAUUCAAAACACGAUCAACGAGUGAACGCUUCGAUCGAACUUUAAAAUUUGACAAAUUAUCGCUGAAACGAGUUUACACCAUCGCAGUAAAAUCAGAGCCGAAUAUGUCAAAGAGCGAGCGCGCAAAUAAGCCAAUUAACCCGACAGCCAUAAUAAAGCCCACACCUCCUCUCUCCCAUAAAAAAAAAAAAAAAAAAACAGAAAAACUCCCUCUC